AUGAUGAGAAGGAAGAUAGAGAUCAAGAGGAUCGACAACGCGACGAACCGGCAGGUGACGUUCUCGAAGCGCCGGCGCGGGCUGUUCAAGAAGGCCAAGGAGCUCGCCAUCAUCCUUUGCGAUGCCGAGGUCGGCCUCGUCGUCUUCUCCAGCACCGGUCGCCUCUAUGACUUCGCUAGCACCAGGCAGUUGUUGGGUCAGCAGCUUUCUGGCCUGGACGUAAGAGAUUUGCAGAGUUUAGAGAAUAAGCUGGAGACGAGCCUAAGAAAUAUUCAUCUGAAGAAGGACCAACUUAUUUUUUAUCAGAUUCAAGAAUUAAACAGGAAGGGAAGCCUCAUGCACCAGGAAAACAUAGAACUAUACAACAAAGUCAACCUUCUUCAUCAAGAGAACAUUGAAUUACGGAGAAAGGUGUAUGGACAAGGAGUAAAUGAGCAUCCAACAAGUACUACAGUUAGAGACAGUAUUCUGAAUACAGAGAAUGAAGAUGUUCCGAUCAAUCUUGAGCUGAGUGUGCAAAGGGACAAGUCAGAAACACCAAGUAUAGGGUGA